CACCAUGUUAAUCCUUGCUGGGUCAAAUUUCUAUCAGGUGGAGAGCGGCACAACUGCACUGUCGUUCAUCAUGAAAAUGCUCAAUACCCGUGCAUCAUCCACCAAUCAGUCCACCAAAUUGUCUGUUGCAGCUGCUGAAUUACAAGACAAGUUAAGAUCUCCCGACAGUCUACUCCCGUCCGUACCCACGCCAGAGCCACCUCCUAAUGUGGAGCUACCCGUUCUACCGAAGACACUUCUCUUAAGUGCGACGCUUGGUUCCCCAACUCCUGUUUCCGCAUCACACGCUUCCUCAUCCCAAACCACUUAUACGAACCCUUUGGAUGCUUCGGAUGAUUUGCCCUCAGUGGAUAGUUUACGUCGGCUCCACGAUCUGGUUGCCGCCCACCACGCACGUCUUUCAGUCAGUGUAACAAGAUUGGUCCGAAAUUGGCUUGUCCGGGCCGGGCUAAAACAAGUGGCACUGGUUUCUCCCUGUCAGUGGAUCAAUAUCCGAGCGGGUUCUGUAACCGUGUCGUUCACUUGGCCAAUGAGCACCCAUACAAUUAAACCGAAUGUCAGCAAAUCGUGGCUCCAAUCGGUUGCUCCCAUUCUCCUCUUAGUUCAUGGGCGUGUCGUUCCACCGGCAUGUUACGAAACUUGGAUGGAUGACGAAGGCCCUUGUCUCGUGGAGAGGGUUUGUUUGGAUCAAGUAACGGUGCAAAAACCGCUUGGUCGUACAUUAUUUGCUACCACUCUAUUUCCACUACAUUGGAAUGCUCAUGUGGGACGCGAACAUCAUGUGACCAUCCAUUUUCGACAACCUUCACGCUCCUCACCAAAUUUGUUUUCCCGACCUACCUGUGUUGCUGUCAUGAUCAUUGCUGUGACUCAGGGCACACAUGAACUGACGGGAGCUGCAAGCGGAGGGACCCGUGGGGCACGCGGCCUAACUUUCUCCUCUGUCGCACACCACAAUCAGAAUCGAUCCCCUUAUUCAAACCGAUCUUCCAUUAGCUCACCUCAGUUCACGGCCUCUCGGAGGUGAGAUUCUUCACACCAACUGGCUUUGCCACUACCUCAGGCCCCCUACAAAACCCACCUUUUGUCAUGGCUUGUGGAUAUCCAAUCCUGCCACUAAUACUUCUGUGAUCCGAUGCCACAGCAGGUUCUGUCGCACUUCACAUUUUGUUAUGUCAGCUGAUGCCUUGUUCUUUCUGUACAGCUACGAGUCUUUAUCUCACCGCACUCGUGCAUGUAACUACGUCAUUAUUCAUUUACUGCCACCUCUUUAUGGCUAGUCCCUCUGUAUAUUUACGUGGACUAUUGCAUCCUAUGGCUUUCGUAUAAAAAGCAUAAUUUUUGGGUAAUUUAAUAGUCCCUGUGAUCACUUAGCCGCCUUUUUGAAUGCCAGCCUGUGCUGAAUUGUAGUUAUCGUUAUCACUUGUGCCCCUGACCUGCAUGCCAGGGUCGGCUGCUUGAAAGGCGAUGGGCUGGUUGUACAUUUAUUAUCUUGUUAGAAUGGACCCACAUUGUGUUAUUCUUUCUGUUUAUAUUGUUGUGAGUUUAACCUUGGCGACGACUGAUUUAUCGAGACAUCGUUUUUCUCUCGGUUGUUCGUGAUUGUCCCAACACUCCGGGGCUACUUGUUCGCCUUUAAUUUUCUGUGAAUUACCUCUCCACUUAUAACCAUAUAUUAUCAGUUAUUU